UGUAGAGUAGAGGGAAGUAGACGUGUCCCGCAUGAGCGCAGGCGGCAGCAUCGGUGGCAACAUGGGAGGAAAAGCAGACGUGGAAAUGGCAGAAAACCCAUUUGAACCUUACAUUGAAUCUCUGCGGCAGCAGCUGGAAGACCAAGACCCCCUUUUUCUGAUCGGAAUUAUCGUCGCUUUGGCAGUCGUUGUCAUCACAUGUGUGUUUCUGAAGUACUUCCUCUCUAGUAAAACCGUAAGGAGCGCCGUGCUGCUGGUCGGACUGUGUGACUCUGGGAAAACCCUUCUUUUCAGCCGGCUGUUGUCAGGAAAGUUCAAGCGGACGCAGACUUCCAUCACUGACAGCAGUGCGCCAUACAAAGCCAAAAACGACAAGGGCAGCACCUGGACUUUAAUAGACCUGCCGGGACAUGACAGUCUUCGCCCUCAGUACCUGGAGAAGUUUAAAUCUGCAGCCAGAGCGAUUGUGUUUGUAGUGGAUGCCGCUAUCUUCCAGAAGGAAGUGAGAGACGUAGCCGAGUUCCUGUACAUGUUGUUGACGGACACUGUGAUCUCCAGGAAUGCCCCGGCUCUCCUGGUGGCAUGCAACAAACAAGAUAUCACCACCGCAAAAUCAGCUAAACUGAUUCAGCAGCAGCUAGAAAAGGAAUUGAACACAUUGAGAGUGACGCGCUCUGCAGCCUUGAGCUCUCAGGAUGGCUCUGUGGGCGGCAGCGUGUAUCUGGGGAAAAAAGGCAAGGACUUUGAGUUCAGCCAGCUGUCCAUGAAGGUGGAGUUCCUGGAGUGCAGGGCCCGCGGCAAAGGGGAAGAGGAGGGCGCAGACAUUGAGAGUUUAGAGAAGAGCCUGGCUAAACUGUAAAAUCGGCAACUCGGCAUCCUCAGGGCAGAAUUUGACACUGACGUCGGAUCAACAUCAGCUGCCACCUCUGAUAUCAAGGGAGGGAUGACAGUUGUAUCUCAGUGGAGGAUUUAUUUGACAGGUCAAACAUGGUCCUAUCUGUGCUGACUGUCAAUGUAAAACUUUAAAUGGCAUCAAAGCUGGAAGAACUUUUGAGACACAUUCAAACAAAAAAAAAGGACACAAAGUUAUGAAACAGAAACUGAUGUAACAGCUUUGUCAGGCCCCACUGCUGAAAAAUGAUCAUGUGCUUAUUCAGCGUAAAUCCUACUGUGAAUGUCCACCUUAAUGCGCUUUGUUUGGCUUGUUUACAAAAUAUAUAGUUCAAAGAAUUUUGGUGAAUUUGCUGUUAAUAAUUGCAAAUGAAACUACAGUUGUGAUAAGCCGUCACACAUUUUCAUUUUAAAUUUGUCUCAGCUAGUCUGACUUACAAAGUACCUUGUGAAGACACUUAUUCAUUAACUUGUGACAGUCAGCCUUGUGCCUUUUUCUUUCUUUCUCUAGUAUUAUAGAAAAGUGUUUUGCUUGUUUGCAAAAGAAUGAAAAGAAUCAAAAAAGCUUGUUUGAAAGUGUUGCAUGAAUUUGAGAUUUUGUUUCUAGUUGACUACCUUGUUUUAAAAAAAAACUUAUAACGUUUGUGAUGUUCAAUGGUGCUGCUGAUGAAGUCCACAGGUUAAUAGGAACAGCAUGGUUUCCUGGAAUUCUUAUAUUCAGCCUGUAAUGAUUAAUAAGCAGCAAACAUGAUUUAAUCAAACACGUACAGAUCAAAAUGUGAAUUGUACACCAGUUAUAUGGGUGUCACCACAGAGCACCAAGAAAUUUAGAAGUGUGUCUGUGUGAUCUGUUAAAGCUCUGUUUUCAAAUGUAUUUAGUCUGAGACAGAGCAGUGUGUCACAUCUUUGGUUUGUUCUGUUCUUCGUCCUUCUGUCUGGCUCCCGGUUUGGAUUGGGAUGUGGUUUUUACACAAUAGAUGCACCGCAGGCUCAGUUCAA